AUGCGGCGGCGCUGGAGACAAAAUCCUUUAUUGGCAGCGGGGAUCCCGGUGGGAGGGGCGGGAUCCUCCCGGAGAGCUCCCGGAUCCCCGGGACCACCGGGACCUCCGGGACCCCCGGGACCACCGGGAGCCCCGGGAUCCCCGGGACCUCCGGGACCUCCGGGAGCCCCGGGACCACCGGGACCCCCAGGACCACCGGGACCCCUGGGACCCCUGGGACCACCGGGAUCCCCGGGACCCCCGGGACCACCGGGACCCCUGGGACCACCGGGACCACCGGGAUCCCCGGGACCCCCGGGACCACCGGGACCCCCGGGAUCCCCGGGAGCCCCAGGAUCCCCGGGACCACCGGGACCCCCGGGAGCCCUGGGAGCCCCAGGACCACCGGGAGCCCCGGGACCACCGGGAGCCCCGGGAGCCCCGGGACCACCGGGACCUCCGGGAUCCCCGGGACCACCGGGACCUCCGGGAGCCCCGGGAUCCCCGGGACCCCUGGGAUCCCUGGGACCACCGGGACCCCCAGGACCACCGGGACCCCUGGGACCACCGGGACCACCGGGACCACCGGGACCACCGGGACCCCUGGGACCACCGGGACCACCGGGACCCCCGGGACCACCCCUGGGACCACCGGGACCACCGGGACCCCCGGGAGCCCCAGGAUCCCCGGGACCCCUGGGACCACCGGGAUCCCCGGGACCACCGGGACCCCUCAGUGGACCGGAGCCGGGUUCCAAAGCCCCCUGA